AUGGACGACAUGGAAGACGACCAAAGGUACCACCCGAAACCCUACUCGUUAAACCACCAUAGCUCCUCGAACCGGCGAAACCCCCACAUCCGUAACACCCCGUAUUCCCGGCCACCGCCGCCCAAUCGGUACUCGCCGGAAGACGACGACGACGCUAUCGAAGACGAUUUGGACGAGGAGAGCUACGGCAAACAAGACGACGUCGUCGUCGUGGCGGAGCAGUACCACCAGCACCACCCGAACCGCGGCUUCGACGCCGAGAACGGCUGGGAAUGGCACCCGAAGAAGAGGAAGCUGAAGAAUUUGGAUCCGGGUUCGGGUUACGAGUUCGCGCCCCGGGUCAAAAUGCCGGGUCGGGUCGGGUCGGGUCAGGAGGAGUGGACGGAGCACGCGGUGUUUGUGCUGCUGGAGGUUUGGGGGGACAGGUUUCUGCAGCUUGGGAGGAAGAGCUUGCGGUCGGAGGAUUGGGGUGACGUGGCGGCGAAGGUAUCCGAGGGGUGUAAGAUGGAGAGGAGUGAGAAGCAAUGUAGGAGAAUGCUGGAUAUGCUGAAGAGGAAGUAUAAGAAGGAGAAGGCGAAAAUGGAGGAAGGAGGGGGUUCAAGCAAUUGGGGGUACUAUAAGAAGAUGGAAAUGCUGAUGGUGAAUUCGAUGAGGCAGGAAUGUGGGUUGGCUUGUGGGGUGGAUAAUGGGGAGUAUGUGUUUAUGAACACGAGGGUGUAUUUGGAGAAGUCGAAUGGGUUUGAUGAGAUGAUGGAUAGUCCGGGGGAGUCGGAGGAUGAUGAUGAGAAUGAGAAUGAGAAUGUGAGUGGUCAGAACGGGUUUGGGUUUGCUCUUCCGAGACAGGGAGGGUCUUCGUACAGAGUGUUGGCGGAGUCUAUUCAGAAGUUUGGGGAGAUUUAUGAGAAUCUUGAGAGUAGAAAGAGGCAGCAGAUGAUGGAGUUGGAGAAGAUGAGGAGGGAGUUUAAUAAGGAAAUGGAGGUGCAGAAGAAGCAGAUUCUUGAGAGGGCGCAGGCGGAGAUUGCAAAGAUUCAGGAGGCGGGUGAUGAUGAUGAUGAUGAAGACUCGGAUACUUCUGCUGAAGAUCUUACCGAAUGAUGGAGGACUGGCAUCUGAGUGGAACCAUCCUUGGAAAAUUUUCUACUGUUUCGGAGUGGAACUGGCUGCUCUGUGAAGAAAAGGAUUUGCGGGCAUACAUUGUGAAUUCUCCUCAUUUCUUGUCUUAGGAUCGGCAUCUGACUAUCUGAGUGGAACUAUUUAUAACUUUUCAACUUUUUCGGAGUGGAACCUGUCCGCACUGUAUUCAAGAGAAAGAAUCUGCGAUUACACAUUGCAAUUCUUGGAAGUUUUAUCUGCUCUGAUACAUGUAAUUUGGUAAGGAUGGAAGCUGGUGUAUUAACAUGCAACAUUUUCAUCUGUAAUUUAUUUGCACUCCAUUCCCCUAUUAUAUGCGUAAAUAUUGAUAAUGCUAAGGAGCAAUUCCUAAC